AUCCAACAUUUCACACAACACAACGGAACAUAGCUGGUGGAGUAUUCUGGCUCACGCUCUGUAAAGUUUGAGACUGUUAUCUUAUGACCACUGCUUUAAAAAUAUAUUAUAUAUUACUCAACAGUUAGCAUCUUUUAACAGUUUGCAAGACAUCUUUGAAAAUGCUGAGUGCCUUUUUACUUGAAAAAUCAUCCCAGCAAGCAGGCUUUGUUUAGGUAACAUCCUGAGGUCAUAGGCUGGGGCAUGGAACGAUCUGUCUCUAUCCCAAUACAUAUUUGAACUGAUAAAACUAGAAAAGGCUGUUUACUUUAGAGUUGGCUUAUUAAAUCUGAUGAGCCUGAGGAGAUUUUUACAGCAUGUUUGUUAAGCCUGUUUUCUUCUGGUGUUACUCUGUGUGAAUUUCUGCCUGUCUCUCUAUCCAGCAACAUAGGCGACAAUAGGGACAACAGUGUAAAAAUGCCAGCUUACGUUUCUCAGUGGAACCUGACUGAAAUUAUCUGAAUUACUGAAUGAUAAAACUGCUACUGUAUAUUUUAUACUACUCACCCAGUGACAUCAUCAUGUUGUGAAAUCAUUGCAUGCCAAAGCAUGCCUUUUCUUACUCAAUGAUUUAUGAGGUUGUUUCCAAGUUAUGUGGAAAAUUAAUAAAAAUGUUUGAAGUUAAUGUGUCUCUCAUUUAUCACAUGACCUGUGCUGACACGUGCAGUCUUUAUGCGAUAGUGAACUGUGUUUCUACCACAUCAAGACAGCACUGGUAUAUUACCAUUAUUUUUUUUUCUACACUGAUAUUUUAAACCAUUAUCUCCCCUAGAUGCAAGUGUAAUGCAAUUUGGCGGCAAAACAGCCAGCAUACUUGCCAACUGCAUUUGGGGAACAAAUCACUGAUAAUUAUGUGAAACAAUUACCUGAUACUCUAAGACGGUGGUUGAUAAAAUAUUUCAUCAAUCAUUUUUGCACAAACCCUUUGGAAACAAAUGGAACCUUUUAGAAACAGACAUACAAAACGGCCAGAAUGACAGAAUACAAUACAAUAAAUCACCAAAUUACAUUUGAUUUCUUCAUCUUUACCAGUGAUCUAUUGAGUUCUGUAAUUUUAAUAUCUCAAGAAUGUGUUAACUGGCACUGUUCUGUUUCCGGUGAGUGCAUUCACAAUGGUCUCUCGUCUCGUCGUCUGCAAACUUGCACAAUAUUCUCUCCAGUAUUCUCGUCUUUGAAGAUUCUGAAUACAGGGUGGCCGUGUUCGGGGGCAGGUCCACGGAUUCGGAUCACCAUCUGGGCCGCAAGCCCUCGGAGAAAUAGUAUUCGCCCACCUACAUGCUAUUUAACCGAAUUGCCAUGGAUCAUCGAACGGCGAGAUAGAGGGGGUUUUGCCUGUAAAGGACACACUCUGCACUAGGGGAACAUCUUGUUCGUAACAUUAAUUACACAUGGUGUCGGUGUCCCAAAAAUAAAACAGGUGGCUCUGACACAACAGUGCACUUGGACAGUCAUACUUUCGGUUGCUCUGUGGGUGGCCUGGUCCUCACUUCCCCCAUCAGGGACAUCUUUCAUGAUCCACGGUCCACCUUUAUCAUCUUCAAAACUGAAUCCAUACGUGCGCAGCGGUAGGAUGUCGGAGGCAUGGCAGCAGCAUGCUGUGGUGCCUCCACCAGUGGUGCAUACUCUCCCCCAUGGGGCAGAGAACCCACUGGGGAGUGCGGUGUAUGGGAUAGUCCUGCAGCCAGACCCCACCCUGCCACCGCCUCCACACAGCCAGCAUGCCCAGCCACACCCAGUGCCAGCCCAGCAGCCUUCUCUGCAAGUGGGUAGUGAGGGCAGCCACAAGUGUGGCGCUUGUGGCCAUGAUAUCUCACACCUGGCCAACCCGCACGAGCACCAGUGCAUGGUGAACCAGGAUCGCUCUUUCCAGUGCACACAGUGCAUGAAGAUCUUCCAGCAGGCGACAGACCUCCUGGAGCACCAGUGUGUGCAGGUGGAGCAGAAGCCUUUCGUGUGCGGGGUGUGCAAGAUGGGAUUCUCCCUGCUCACCUCACUGGCGCAGCACCACACAGAACACACUGGAACCAACCCAAUGAAGUGCUCCAUCUGUGAGAAAACAUACCGCCCCGGCUCCUCUGGGCAUCCUGGCUCCUCGUCGUCUGCCAACACUGGCGAGGGAUCGUCUACCUCGACGUAUGAUGGUUCUACUUCUCACCGACCUUACAAGUGCUCCGUGUGCCACAAGAGCUUCCGUCACCUGUCCGAACUGUCGCGUCACGAGCGUGUGCACACGGGCGAAAAGCCCUUCAAGUGCACAGUUUGCGACAAGAGCUUCAGUCAGGCCUCUCACCUGCAGCACCACCAACGCACACACAGCUCCGAGCGCCCCUACAAGUGUGCUGUGUGCGAGAAGACCUUCAAGCACCGGUCCCACCUGGUGCGCCACAUGUACUCCCACUCCGGCGAGCACCUGUUCAAGUGCAACCUGUGCGAGAUGCACUUCAAGGAAUCCUCCGAGCUGCUGCACCACCAGUGUCAGCCGGCCGGGGACCGCCCCUUCCGCUGCAGCUCAUGCGACAAAGGCUUCAAGCGCCAGUCCGACCUGCGCCAGCACGAGCGCACCCACUCAGAAGACCGCCCGUUCCAGUGCGAGGAAUGUCAGAUGAGCUUCAAGCAGCAGUAUGCCCUGGUCCGCCAUCGCCGCACGCACAAGAAUCCGGCUGACCGGCCAUUCAAGUGCAACCUCUGCGACAAGGGUUUCCUGCAGCCUUCCCACCUGUUGUACCACCAGCACGUGCAUGGCAUUGAGAGCCUGUUCAAGUGCGCCGCCUGCCAGAAGGGAUUCAGCCAAUCGGGCGAGCUGCUGAAGCACAAAUGCGGUGCGGCUGCCUCGACGUCUGAGAAGCCCUACAAGUGCGACGUGUGCGGCAAAGGUUACAAGAAGUCCUCAACGUUGCAGCGUCACCAGAACAAUGCACACUGCACAGAGAAACCGUUGAAGUGCUCGCUCUGUGACCGCCGCUUUGUGUCGUCCUCGGAGUUUGUGCAGCACCACUGCGACCCUGCCCGAGAGAAGCCGCUCAAGUGCUCCGACUGUGAAAAGCGCUUCAAAUACUCCUCGGAGAUGCAGCGCCAUAGGCGUGUCCACACAGGUGAGAAGCCCUUUAAAUGCCCGACCUGUGACAAGGGCUUCAAGCAGCGCGAGCAUCUGGCCAAGCAUGGCAGCGUCCACUCCAGAGAGGCCCAGUUUAAAUGCGUGUGGUGUGGAGAACGCUUUGGAGAUCUGUGCGCUCUCCAAGAGCAUACCGUCCAGCACACUGCAGAAGGAGGAGGAUACCCUGUGGCCCCCUGCAUACAGUAAUGGCUUACACGUGUCUCAGAAUAAAUGAACUCAUAAACUCACGUAGUACCUUUGCUUCCUUGAUAGUUAGAAUUCCAGUGUUACACAGGCCAUGUAUUCACACACUGCCUGAUUAUAUCAAUAUGCUAGUCUUAUGCACUUCUUACAGAUCAACUUCUCUGCCUCCUCCUUUUUGGUUGUUUCUUCACAAAGGAAAUAUCUGAAGCACAAACUUUUAAGAAUUGUGGAAAAUCAUUUCUUACACUGUGCUGUUAACGUGGCAGCCAUAUUGUCUGUAAUGGUCUCCUGUGACAUGUGCAGUACUUUCUUGGCCUCUCAUCCAAAUCCUGAAGGUGAACGUAUGGGCUACCAAUCUUCAAGUGCCAUGAACACAGACACAAUAGAAAGCACUUAUGUAUUUUAUCGUAUUGAUCAUAUAUUGUGGACUUAUUUUUUACCUGUGAACAAUGACAUCAAUGUCCUUUCAUUGUGAUACAAGUGAAGAUGCUUGUAUUUCUUGUAACCUAUCCAGUGCUAUGAUGCUACCCCCAAAACCAAUGGAUAUCUUUGCACGAAUGUACAAUACAUAUGUAUUAAAAGGUGUGUUCACCUGAUUAUUGAUGAAGCUGGCAUACUAGUCUAUAGGUAAAAGAGGUAAAUUGUUCAUGUUGCUCUAGGAAGUGCUUAAGUGUAUUACAUCACAGGUAUUGUAAAAUAUGCUCCUUAGUACAGACUCAGCAGUGUGUUCCUUCAACAGUUUCCGCCGUUCUGCUUAUUGUAAGUUGGUAGGUUUGAUUCCUCGUACCUGUCGCAUUUUGAGAAGGGGGUGUUUGUGGCAAAUAUGAAGCCACAAGGACAAACCAAACAGGACAAGAAAAUAAGCAUCUCUGUUCUGCAGUAGCUGAGUUAAUGUCAAAAUGUCUGUAAAUAGAUGUGUUAUAACAACUCUCACAGACAAUGGUAGAAUUUGCAUAGUAUCUGUGUUAUAUCAGCUGUGAAAUGUGCAAAAUUCAUUUCUACUCUUCCUGUUUGUUUUUUCUCUCAUGUGAAAAUGUUAAGCAUGACUUUACGCUCUCUUUCUCAGCUCAUUCUGGAUCAUCUCUGCUGCCCCUAGUUUGUUCCUCCUUCCAGUCUUCAAAUGCAGGUCUACUUACAGCUUUAGAAAUGUUAUUGAGUAUCCUCUGUUCAUGAGGUAUUUUAUAGAAAAUGCAUACUUUAAGUGUGCAUACAUAAAAGUGGGGCAACUUGAUACAUUUUUUUUUUUUACUUGUAACAGUGCUUAUGUUUCUGUGUUUCUUGUUUCUCUGCUCCAGAAAAGAUUGUGAUUUUUUUUUCAGUAAUAAUGUCAAUAUUUGUGUUUCUGUCUGGUAAUGUGUUAAAAAAGAGAAGAAGAUUUUUAUAAGCUGACUGAACAUGUAAAAAUGAUUGUGACAUUAAAGGGAGCUUUGAGUUAUUAGGGAUUGAGCUUAAGCCAAAGGACUGUAUGUGACCUGUUGCCACUCAAACACUAGUAUCGGAAUCUCUAGCAUGGUCGUACUUGAUUUCAUAACAUUGUGUUACAACUUUUAUAACUUUCUGGAAAACUAUGUGUAGCCAUGUAACGUGAGUGAAAUGUACAAGUGAUCGUCAACAUACUGUAUGUAAUCAUCAUCAAGUACUUAGCAUUAACAAAUAAACAUUUUUUCACGAAA